CACUAAUUGUUUCAUGUUAAAUUCCUAGGAUAUACUACUACACAACUCCUUCAUAGUUGCCUAUCUGCCACAGCCAAUAUGCUUUUUAAAAAAAAAAAAGAAUUUGAUGCAUUAUUUUGGUAGUGUUACAAUUGAAUGUGUAGAUUUUAUUUUACUUCUGAAUUAUUUUUUACAAGUCUUUUAUAUAAAAUUUCAGAGCUUGGUCUUUUAUAUGAAGGGUCCUAGCCAUAUUUAUGUGACUUGACCCUUUUUUUUAAUUUGCUUUUUUGUAUGGUAUAAGUCUUUUGAUGUUGACGUUAUAACCUGAUAUUGCACAAGAUUCACCAUGGCAACUAUGAGAGGCUGUAAUCGAUUUGAAGGAUGAACCACUGGACUUGUCUAUAAUUUUUGAAGGAGGAAAGGGUUGUAACAACAGAUUUUUGUUCCAUCAUCAUAUUAUCUGAACUUCUGGUAGAAAAUGGCAGCUGAAGAUGAUAGGAAUCUUGUCGAAAUCAUGGAAACCCUGAAUCCAAUAGAUGUUGCUAAAUACAUGAAUUUUGUUGGUGCCCCCCAAGCUGGUGCUAUAGCUACAUUUUCAGGCACAACUCGCGACACCUUUGAAGGAAAAACAGUCGUGGAGUUGAGAUACGAAGCUUAUGUUCCAAUGGCAAUACGCUGUAUCAAGUCAAUCUGUUCAUCUGCUAGAGCAUCCUGGAACAUACACUCUGUUGCUGUUGCUCAUCGUCUAGGCACAGUGCCUGUUGGUGAAACAAGUGUCUUCGUUGCUGUCUCGUCUGUCCACCGGGCUGAUGCGUUGGAGGCUUGUAGAUUUUUGAUAGAUGAGAUAAAAGCACAAGUUCCUAUUUGGAAAAAGGAGGUCUAUUCAAAUGGGGAGGCUUGGAAGGAGAACAGUGAGUUCCUAGAGAGGAGGUCUGAGCUUGGUAACAAGAAUGCAGCUUGCUGUGGGAAAAAAUGCAGAAAUUAAAGAGCACAACAAAAAGUCUUGCUGUAGGACCAAGGUUCGGGCUGAUGACGAAUGUAGCUAGAACUAGUAUCAAUGUUGGGGAUCAAAUAUACAAGAGGGUAAUUGCAAUUGUUGUAGUUUGAAGAAUAUGCCCUUUUUCCUCCCUUUGCAUUUGUCCAAUCAGUUGAUAAGAUUGUAUUUUAGCUUUGAAGUCAAUAAGUUUGCCUAUUGAGAUAGAUAGGCUACUUUGAUAUCUCAUUCUGCCCUUUUUUUAGUUUAUUGUGAACAAAGGUGAUAAUGACAUAUUGACAGCAAGAGUUUUAUUAGAAGUUAAUUCCAAGACGUA